GCCUUCAAACUCCGCUUCUCUGACUCCAGACUCUGGACUAGUUCCCUUCCUCUCACAGCGACUGGGGAGGAGGCGGCUGCGGCAGCCUCAGCAGCAGCAGCAGCAGCCUAAACCUCUCUCAGACUUGGCUCCCAGCAGUGAGCUUGUCUUGUGCUUUGCUGAAUUUCACCAGAAGAGGGUACAGUUUUGAAAGCUCUUGACGUCAACCUGGAAUUCCUAUUCUGUUUAGAAACAGCAUUGGAAAAACAAACCCCUCUGAUCAAGUUCUCCCUCUGAACACUUCCACUUACUGUUCCAUAGGCAUCCACAAGUCAGCUCAGGAGGAUCUCGAGGCAGCAGCCCCAGCCAGCAGCUCUGGAGCUGCAUGCGAGGGCAAUGGGGAUGACAGCCCCUCAGUGAGGAGGGUUUGGAUCAUCUGACCCAUUGAAGCCUGCUGAUGACUCCUCUUUCUGUUAAUCUGUGCAAAAGACAACUGGCAGUGCUUCUGAGUCCAUGAAGAGACAUCACUUCAGGAAGAAAAAAAACAGGACCUCAAAAAUCAGGAGCACCCACGAAGGAGAGACGGCAGUCUGGUGAGGGCUGGGUGGAAGCAGGGAGCAGCCAAGACGGCAGGAUGAAUGUAGCAGGGGAUUCCAGCCUGUUGGAGCUGGACAGUAACGGGUCAGAAAACACUGAAGACAUAGAGAUUGUGGUCAAUGUCGGAGGAGUGAGGCAGGUCCUGUACGGAGACCUGCUGAGCCAGUAUCCAGAAACCCGGCUGGCUGAAUUAAUCAACUGUUUGGCUGGGGGUUAUGAUACUAUUUUCUCUCUGUGUGAUGAUUAUGACCCGGGAAAGAGAGAAUUUUACUUUGACCGGGACCCUGAUGCCUUCAAAUGUGUUAUCGAGGUCUAUUACUUUGGGGAGGUUCACAUGAAAAAGGGGAUCUGCCCCAUUUGCUUCAAGAAUGAAAUGGAGUUUUGGAAAGUGGACCUCAAGUUCCUGGAUGAUUGUUGUAAGAGUCACCUGAGUGAGAAACGAGAAGAGCUGGAGGAAAUCGCCCGAAGGGUCCAGUUGAUCCUGGAUGAUUUGGGAAUGGAUGCCUCAGAAAAUCGCUGGAAAAGGUGCCAAAAAUGUAUUUGGAAAUUCAUGGAGAAGCCAGAGUCCUCCUGCCCAGCCCGGAUCGUGGCCAUCCUGUCUUUUCUCUUGAUAUUGAUCUCAUCAGUGGUCAUGUGCAUGGGGACCAUCCCAGAGCUUCAGAUUUUAGAUGAUGAGGGGAACCAUGUGGAACAUCCCACGCUGGACAACAUUGAGACUGCCUGCAUUGGCUGGUUCACACUAGAGUAUGUCCUUCGGCUCAUCUCGUCUCCCAACAAACUCCAUUUUGCUUUGUCCUUCAUGAAUAUCAUUGAUGUCUUGGCCAUCCUACCCUUCUAUGUCAGUCUGACUCUGACCCACUUUGGGGCCCGGAUGAUGGAGUUGACCAAUGUGCAACAGGCAGUCCAAGCCUUGCGUAUCAUGAGGAUAGCAAGGAUCUUCAAACUGGCUCGUCACUCUUCCGGGCUGCAGACUUUGACCUAUGCUCUGAAACGGAGCUUUAAGGAGCUUGGGCUACUCCUGAUGUAUCUGGCUGUUGGGAUUUUUGUCUUUUCUGCCCUUGGCUAUACUAUGGAGCAGAGCCACCCAGAGACACUCUUUAAAAGCAUCCCCCAAUCCUUCUGGUGGGCCAUUAUCACCAUGACGACAGUGGGGUAUGGGGACAUCUACCCCAAGACCACUCUAGGCAAGCUGAAUGCUGCUAUCAGCUUCCUCUGUGGGGUCAUUGCCAUUGCCCUUCCCAUUCACCCCAUCAUUAACAACUUUGUCAGGUAUUACAACAAGCAGAGGGUGUUAGAGACAGCAGCCAAACAUGAGCUGGAGCUGAUGGAACUCAACUCCAGUGAAGGGAGAGCUGGGGGCUCCCGGGGUGACCUGGACAAUCUCCAGCCACAGCAGGAAGGGAAGGAGGUCCCUUUGUGGAGCAGCAGGCUAAAGAUUUCCCACAGUGACACCUUCAUCCCCCUCCUGUCAGAUGAGAAACAUUAUAGGACCCGGCUUCAGAGCUGCAAGUGAACAGCAAGGAUCGGGGCGGGGCUCUAGCUCUCCCAUGUGGACACAAGACUGAUGAGCUGCUACCAAGGAUAUUGCAGGAAUUGUCAUUUGGGUGCCUGAAAGCUGUUCUCUCUUCCUUCCAUUCCCUUUCCUUUCCCUCUUCCUCCACCUGAAUACAAAUCUUAAUUACUUCUGGGCCCCAUUUGGGUAAGACUUUGUUUUUAUUACCUGCCAAUAGAUCAUGAAAGAUCAAGGUCUAAGAGGUGAUUAGAAAGCCAGCUCAUCCCUGAUGAGAAAAUGAGGUGUGUUAGUUACACAUCAGGCAAUAGCUGUGACAUAAUCUGGGUGUGUCAUUUGACCAACUCUGAGUUCUGUAUCUGGUCUAAUAAAACCUCCAACUCUAUAUACCACAAA